GUGAGACUUAGACUCAACUAAAAGUUAUAUGUUUAUACUUUGAACAGGGAAAAUAUAAAGUAUAUAUGGUAUUGUUAUUGAAAUUGUUUGUGUAUUUGAUUGAGUUAAUUAUGCUUUAGUACAAUAUAUUUGUAGAGACUUGGACUAAUAGUUAUUUUGUUAAAAGUAAAAAUAUUCCAUUUUUAAUUAGUAGUAAAUGUUGGUGGUUAUGAUUUGAAUUUUAGAUUAUUUGAUUUUAGGAUAUUUUGGUCUAUUGUUAAUUUGUUAUUAAUAAUUCUAAAAUUUAUUUUGUGGUUCUAAUUUCAAAAACCUUUUUUUUUUUUUUUGUUGUUGUUGUUGUUUCCCUCGUCAGCUCUAAAUCAUAAUCCACACACUCCAAGUAUGGAUUGGGCUAAUCCAACCCGUACCCCGCAGAUUCACCGGAAUAAUGCGGUGAUGGGAUUGAGAAUUAACUCCAGAUUAUCAUCGUGAUCCAAACAAAGCCGACCUAGGAAUCCCGUUAGGGAACAAUUUCUCUCGGUGACUGCGAUUCGUUGUCCUUUCUGGGUUUUCGUUCGUCAAUUUUUCUGCCUUCUCCGAUCAGAUUCUCGAUUAUAGGAGUCAUUGGUCAAGCACUUCUGUUUCUGAAUUUUCUUAUGAUCAUUGCCUUUGGAAUUUUUGAAAAAAAAAUUUGUUGUCCAAUCGUCGGGGAUGGACUUGCCGUUCGUCUCCCCAUUGUAUCUUUCUACUCAAAAGAAAGCCUUCAAUGGACAUAACCCAUUUUGCAGAGUCCUUAGAGAAGAUUCUUGUAGAAAAAUGUUUCAAUGUUUAGCAACCGUCGCCAGCCAAACAACUCAGACAUAUACCUAUGGGUUGGAAACCAAGAAGAACGAUCUUCUGGUUGCUGUUCAAGAAACUCAAAGGGGGCUUGUAGCAUCAUCUGAUCAACGUUGUGUCAUAGAGGAGGCUCUGGUCAAUGUAGAGGCGUAUAGCAUGGGUCUCCCUAUUGACCUGAUGAAAUUGGAUGGCACAUGGCGACUACAGUACACUUCGGCUCCUGAUGUUCUUAUUCUUCUUGAAGCUGCAGCCAGACUUCCUUUCUUUCAGAUUGGGCAAAUCUUUCAGAAAUUUGAAUGUCAGGACAGUUUGAAUGAAGGAAUUGUUCGAAAUGUCGUUCGCUGGAGUAUCCCAUCACUGUUAGAGGACCAGGAAGGAGCAACUCUGCUUGUAUCUGCAAAAUUUUCUGUUGUUUCUUUACGUAACAUCUACCUCCAAUUUGAGGAGAUCAGUGUCCAAAACAUAAAGAUUAGCGAACAGCUGCAGGCUUUAAUUGCUCCCGCAAUACUCCCACGGUCAUUUCUAAGUCUUCAGAUCUUGCAAUUUCUUCGGAGUUUUCAAGUUGGGGUUCCUGUGAGAAACCAAGGGAGACGAGGAGUAGGAGGACUGUAUUACCUUUCAUAUUUGGAUGGGAAUAUGCUAUUGGGUCGUUCAGUGGAUGGCGGCGGAGUUUUUGUUUUUACCAAAGCUCAGCCUCUCCAAUGUUAAACCAAAGAAACAUAUCCCAAUUACUCACGCUCUCACCUUACCAGCUGAGUUCACUUUUUUUUUUUCUUUUCGCAUCUGUUUCAACAUCUGUAUGAAACUGAGAAACAUCUAGAACUACGGUAGCAUAGAUUAUACUAUACUACCUUCAUUUAUUGUUAGUCAUUUAAACAACUAUUAAGAAUUGUGUGGAAUCUCUACGAUAAAGAUUUAAUAAAUUAAUAAAUUAUUUAA